AUGAUGGGAGCGGCACGAGUAAAACGUCGCUUCAGUGCUGUGGUGGAUGGGCCAGUGGAGGAGGAGGAGGUCAUGAGGCUCGCACAGAGUGCUGCAGAUACAGCUAGGGCAGGGGGGAGCCCCACAGGGUCAGGGACCCCAUCCAGCCCCUCCCCGACCCAUGCACUGAACGGAAAAGCUCUACCUCUUCAGAGCAACACCAACAAUGCACGGAGGCCGAGUGCCAUUGGAGAGUCAGUUGGGGGAGAGGCCGGAGGAGAAGGUGGGGUGACAGCCGCAGGAAAGUGCCCAGGUCUAAGCAGUGGAAGAGGCGGUGGUGGAGGAGGAAGAGGGGUAGGCCGUUCCUGCUCAGACAAGGAUUCACUCUCUUCCCCCUCCACUAUCAACCGCCGGCGUGCCAGGCGCUCAAGCCGCCGGCCCCGACAGCGCUUUGUGGGCAAGGACGGACGCUGCAACGUCACCUUCGUCAACAUGAGCGAGAGGGGCCAGCGGUACCUCAGUGACCUCUUCACCACGUGUGUGGACAUCCGCUGGCGCUGGAUGCUUGUUAUCUUCACCCUCUCCUUCCUUCUCUCCUGGCUACUCUUUGGAUUUGCUUUCUGGCUCAUUGCCGCCAUGCAUGGGGACUUCUCCAUUCGGCUUACCCCCAGCUCAGGUUCCUCUCUGGGAUCAGGAGAGGCCGGUCCUGGAGGAGAGUCUGAUAGAGAGUCAGUUGUUGAGGAAACUUGCUUUCUCCAGGUGAACAGCUUCAUGGCAGCCUUUUUAUUAUCCUUGGAGACGCAGACAUCCAUCGGUUACGGAUUCAGAAGCGUGACCGAAGAAUGUCCCCUGGCGGUGGUGGCGGUCGUUUUGCAGUGCAUUGUGGGCUGCAUUAUUGACGCCUUCAUCAUCGGGGCAGUCAUGGCAAAGAUUGCCAAGCCCAAGAAGCGCAACGGAACACUGUUGUUCUCUGAAACAGCUGUGGUGGCACUAAGGGAUGGGAAACUCUGCAUGAUGUGGAGGGUUGGAAACCUACGCAAGAGCCACCUGGUAGAGGCCCACGUCAGAGCACAACUACUGAAGCCAAGGGUUACGCCAGAGGGAGAGUUUCUGCCACUGGACAAUGUAGACAUCAACGUGGGUUUUGACACAGGCAUUGACCGCAUCUUCUUGGUCUCGCCUGUCACGGUUGUCCAUGAGAUCAAUGACGAGUCUCCCUUCUUCGAGAUGGACCAAAAAACACUGGAGAGUGACUGUGAUUUGGAGGUAGUGGUCAUACUUGAGGGUAUGGUGGAGGCAACAGCCAUGACCACACAGUGCCGAUCCUCCUAUCUGGCUUCCGAAAUCCACUGGGGACACCGCUUUGAACCAGUGCUCUUUGAGAGGAAAGACUGCUACCAGGUGGAUUAUUCUUUCUUCCAUCGGACAUAUGAAAUCCCUAACACACCUUCAUGUAGCGCUAAAGAGCUGGCAGAGGAAAAAUACAGCCAAAGCUCACGCUCCUCAUUCUGCUAUGAAAAUGAAGUGGCUCUGCAACUUGCCUCCCCUGAGGAGCCUGACCGAGACCCUGAGUGUCCCCCUCCACCCACCCGAAGGCCAUCCCUGGCAGAACAUCUCCACUACAACUGA